AUGGGUGGGGGUUUAAAAAGUCGAAAGUACCCGAAGUCUUACCAUAAAUGCUUGUAUAGAACGAAAGUAUUUGCAUUUCAAUUUCAGCGUGAAGUAAUCUCAAUUCACAUUGGCCAAGCUGGCGUCCAGAUUGGUAACGCCUGUUGGGAGCUGUAUUGCCUGGAACAUGGCAUCCAGCCUGAUGGGCAAAUGCCAUCAGAUAAAAGUGUUGGUUGUGGUGAUGAUUCGUUUACGACAUUCUUCUCAGAAACUGGUUCAGGUAGACAUGUACCGCGUGCAGUUAUGAUCGAUUUGGAACCAACUGUUAUCGAUGAGAUCCGUACUGGCACUUAUCGUUCACUGUUUCAUCCUGAGCAAUUAAUCACCGGCAAAGAGGAUGCCGCAAAUAAUUAUGCACGUGGACAUUAUACUAUUGGAAAAGAAAUAAUCGAUCUUACAUUAGAUCGAAUCCGACGACUGUCUGAAAAUUGCACUGGUUUACAAGGCUUCCUUGUUUUCCAUUCGUUCGGUGGAGGUACCGGGUCUGGCUUCACUUCUUUACUUAUGGAACGUUUGUCGGUUGACUAUGGUAAGAAAGCAAAACUGGAAUUUAGCGUCUACCCAGCGCCACAGGUGUCAACAGCGGUCGUUGAACCUUAUAAUUCAAUCUUGACAACUCAUACUACUCUUGAACACUCUGAUUGUUCUUUCAUGGUCGAUAAUGAAGCCAUCUAUGAUAUCUGUCGCAGAAAUCUUGAUAUCGAGCGCCCCUCAUACACCAAUUUAAACCGUCUGAUUGGACAAAUUGUUUCAUCAAUAACUGCUUCAUUGCGUUUCGAUGGCGCUUUAAAUGUUGAUUUAACUGAGUUCCAGACAAAUCUGGUUCCUUAUCCUCGCAUCCAUUUUCCUCUCGCGACAUUCGCUCCAGUAAUUUCUGCUGAAAAAGCGUAUCAUGAACAAUUGUCUGUAUCAGAAAUUACCAAUAUGUGUUUUGAACCACAUAAUCAGAUGGUGAAGUGUGACCCGCGACAUGGCAAGUAUAUGGCCGUUUGUUUACUGUUUCGCGGUGAUGUGGUACCGAAAGAUGUGAAUGCAGCUAUAGCAACAAUCAAAACAAAACGUAGCAUACAGUUUGUUGAUUGGUGUCCAACUGGUUUCAAAGUUGGGAUCAAUUAUCAACCUCCUACUGUUGUUCCUGGUGGUGAUUUAGCAAAGGUCCCAAGAGCUGUAUGUAUGCUAUCAAAUACAACAGCGAUAGCAGAAGCAUGGGCCAGACUGGACCAUAAGUUCGAUCUUAUGUACGCCAAGAGAGCCUUUGUUCACUGGUAUGUUGGUGAAGGUAUGGAGGAGGGUGAAUUUUCUGAAGCUCGUGAGGACCUUGCAGCGCUAGAAAAGGAUUACGAAGAGGUUGGUAUAGAUUCUAUAGAUGAUACUGGUGAAGAUGGUGAUGAAUACUGA